AACCCGAUGUUCCGUGCGGAAGGGCCCUGGCAACCGGUGCCUUCCUGCGCAUGCGCUCUGCCGGGCGCUCGCCUCUCCCCCCGCCCGCAGCCGUCCCUUCCGCUCAUCGUUUGGGUCACUUUUUCCUCGGGGCUUGGAGGUGGAGCGGGAAUUGCACCAGGCUUUGUGCUUUGCUGCGGCAGAUUUAUAAGUCGGCCACGAGGCUUGAUCAGCACGUUUAGAGCAGGCAGUUUGUGAGGCCGCUGUGUCUAGAAUGGAAGUUGAGCUGUGCUUCUUCCCAGCCCGGGCCAACAUUUGAUCCCUUAUCCUUUCCUCCAGUUCACGCUUUUCCUUGUGUUUGACUGUUACCAUACUGACGGCGAAAGUUCUCUUUCUGAUUUCUUAGUUGCUUUCUUCUUAAUAUCUCUGGAUUUUGGUCCUUUUUCUCCCCCUUUGUUAUUUUUGUAGUCUUUCACACUGCAGUAGGUUGGUUUCUUCAUUGUUUUUCUUAAUUUUCAAAUAUUUUUGCUAAGAUCUCCCUUGACUACUAUUAAACUAUUUCUCUGCCCUAUUCUUAUUCUUUGAACUGAUCUUCUGUCUUCCUUAAGCAAUCCAGGUCAGUGGAUUUGGGUUGGAGCUGAAAAAGGUGAUAAUGAAGCUUCCUGUGUUUUCCUCUCCUUCCAAUGUCUUACGCCAUCAGCAAGCAUACCAUUAAAAGCAAAGAACAUUUUUUAGGGUAUAAACUUCUUAGGGUAUAAACUUUGCUUGUCUACACUUUGGGUUGUUUACUCUGGAGCACAGAAUCUGCUUGCUGUGAAAAGCAGUGAGUAAGCUUGGGAAGAAAAGAAUAAUUAAUAGUGCAUCUAUAUUGGGGUUAUAAUAUUGUACAUUCCAGAAGUACUGUUGGUUGAAAAGAAAUUGUUCCAAGUUUUAUAUUAAUUUCAAGGUAGUGCCUGCUUAGGAGGCAGCUUUUUUUUACCUUUGUCUAGGAUGAAUGACCCAUUUUACAUGUUUGGGACUAUGUGGCACAUCUGCCAGACACCUAACCAGGCAAGAAAAUACCAUAAAAAUAAUGAGAUCCCAUAGCAAAAUCAAAGAAGUCUUUUAUAUGGACAUAAAAUAACAUUGUUUCUCUUAAAAAUAUGAAAGGGACUUCUCCAGCCUGAGUGGGUAAACCCUAAUUGUAGAUGAUAACUGUAGUGAAGUAUAGUGAUGGAGUCACUACUGAGGGUUCUUUUAAAAAGAAAAAGAAAAAUCAAUCCCAGGUCUCCCUAUUGCUUUCACUGUUUUCCAUCUCUGAAUCCUCCAUCACAUAAGACAGGUGUGGGUUAUUGAUGUUCUCCAUCACUUAUGUCUAAAUAGCUUCCCUCCCCUUUCAUCUUUUCUGCCUUCCACUCCAUCUUCCAAGAAAUCCACUUGUGUCUGUGUUGUUCCAUUUUUGCAAUCUUUGCAUUUUCCUUUGUUGUCUAUUUGUAAUAUUGUCCCAGUUUACUGACAGGUCUGUAUGCGAAGGCUUUGAGGCUCCAUUAUGAUUUACUUCAGAAUUAUUGAUCGUGGCUGCAAUGUAGUAGUAUCCAUCAGCAUUUGCUGAGGUAAAGCAUCUCUAACAUUUUACACUGGGAUCAGUGUAAUAGAAGGCAUAGAUUAUGUUGGAAGUGAGAUUUUUAUUGCUGUUGAAAAAUUCUGCUUGGAAUCUGGCUAUGCUGCUUUCCUAUUAGCACCCUGGUCCUUUAUCCCAUUCCCUCAUUUUCUACUUACCUCUGCAUGCAUGUGUGCACAGAACUCUUAAUGGACUUGUAUCCUCUCUAUUUCUUCUGUCCUUUUGCCCCACACUUUUUAUUUUUUUUACUCAAUCUCGGUCUUUUCCUCCACCUGAGUUCUCACAGGUAAAAGUUGUUCCAUUACCAGCUUUGACAGUGAUAGAUUAAGGAUGGAAUUACUUAUCUGCACCUUGUAAUCCAAACAGAAUCACAGUCUGCUGUUAGCAGUCCACAGGGGUUGCUGCUGAAUAAAUUGGAAUACUGGUAGCUGUGCUCACUGAAGCUUCUCUCAUCUUGAAUACGUGAGAAAGAGGGGAAGAGAAAUCCUGUGGAUUUAAACACCCCCACCCCCCUCCAACAAAGGAUGAUGUCCUUACCCUAGAGAAGUGUUUAUUUGGCUAAACCCUGUAUUUACCAGCUAAGGAGAAAUAGAGCACUCUUUCUAUUCACACAUUUCAUUUCUUCCUCAAAUAAAGCAAGAUGCCGGUGAGUGGAAAGCACUCCUUCUCUCAUGUGAGCAGGAUAAGUUGCCCUGACAGCCACAAGACCCUGAGAUUUAAAGUCACAUUCCUUUAGGCAGUGGUCACAAAACAGCAGAUGAACUGCACGUGUCCGUGAGCGGCUUGCAUUUCGUCAGGGUACAGAAGGCAACGAUGGUGGAACUGCAGCUCCAGCAGGAGUGGCAAGGAAUUUCAGGCACAAGGGACUGCCCAAGAAGCAGAGGAGUAGAGCUUAGCCACCUGGAUUCAAGAAGCUGAACCCAUGUCUCUUCCCCGACAGCUGCGAGAAAAGAGUGAUUUUGACCAGCUUCCAGAUGAUGUACCUGUUUCAGCUAACAUUGCAGAUAUUGAGGAGAAGAAAGGCUUUACAAACUACUUCAUGUUUGUCAUUGAAGUAAAGCUUAAAGGUCGUGGCAGAUACCUGAUUUUCCGACGCUAUCGUGAGUUCUAUGCCCUGCACACCAAACUAGAGGAGAGAUAUGGGCCAGAGAGUGAUAAUGGCCCAUUCACCUGCACACUCCCUGUAUUGCCAGGAAAAGUUUUUGUUGGUGCCAAAAGGGAAAUUGCUGAGAACAGGAUUCCUAUCCUAAAUGUCUACAUGAAGAACCUACUCUGCCUCCCUGCUUGGGUGUUGAUGGAUGAAGAUGUACGGCUGUUCUUCUACCACUCAACCUUCGAUAGCGAGCAGGUGCCUCACAGACUGAGACGGCUUCGCCCACGGACACGCCGAGUUAAAAGCAUUUCACAUCAAGUACCUAUUUUUGACCGCACAGCAGCUCCGCGGGCUGAGGCACUGUUUGAUUUUCCUGGAACCAAUAAACUGGAACUCAGCUUCAAGAAGGGAGACUUGAUCUACCUACUCAGCAGAGUAAAUAAAGACUGGUUGGAGGGAACUGCUAAUGAUACCACUGGGAUUUUCCCAUGUGCUUUUGUGAAGAUCAUAAAAGACUUACCACAGCAGGAAGACACAGUCAAUAAAGUCCGCUGUUAUUACCACAGUGAGACUGUGAGCACUAUCAGGGAUAUCUCAGUGGAAGAGGACCUGAGCAGCAUUCCAUCAUUCAAAGAUCUCAUGGAAUUGAUGAGGCGGGAGUUUGUCCAAGAUGACAUCGCUUUGAAUUAUCGGGACCUCGACGGGGAUCUGAUCCGGUUGCUCUCCGAUGAGGAUGUUGAACUCAUGGUAUCUCAGAGCAGGAGAAGGCCCUCUGAGAAGCACUUUUUUCCUUGGAAGUUGCACAUCACUCACAAAGAUGACUUGGGUGUCUACAACACUAGUCCAGGAAUAGAUGCUACUCAAAUAGUAGGAGCAAUAUUGCCAUAGUUUUCUCUUCAUUUGCUGAUAUGAACAUUUGUGUGCCAGGGCAUAAUUAUUUCUGUCAUGUUGGAGUCUGACCAGGCAUUCAGAGUUUCUUCUAGAAGGAUCAAGAAAACUUUUUUGUACUUCAGUGAAGAAAUUGGAGCCCACCUUAGCUUUCUUCUUUCCACUGCCCAAUAUAUUGAAUUUUUUGAAUCAAACUUAGUACACCUGUGGUGUUCUCCAUAGACCUUUUUGUAAUUGUACAGACUACUUAUUUCUGCAUUCUGGGAAAACAUGCAUGAUGCCUAUUCAAACAGGAGUUUAUUCUCUGUCUAUCUUCUGCUUUCGGACACUUCAUUUCAAAGGAGAACUAACAAGAAAUUACUGUAUCAGAUUCUUCAACAAAUAAAGUUAAAUAUGAGUUUAUCAA